GAAAAAUGAAAUUCUUCCUGCUCGCUGCCACCGUCGUAGCCGUCGCCGUCGCCGGCCCGGCAAGACACGUCAUCCCUGGACCAGCUGGCCCGGCUCCCGUCAUCCCUGACAUAUACGAGCCCAUUGCUGUUGGCCCCGCUAUAGUUAAACCAGACGUUUUCGAGCCCAUCGUUGUCGGCCCUGCUAUUAUUGAACCUGAUGUAUACGAGCCCAUCGUUGUCGGCCCUGCUAUUGUCGAGCCUGAUGUCUAUGAGCCCAUCGUGGUCGGCCCCGCUAUUGUUGAGCCUGGUGUCUAUGAACCCAUCACUGUUGGCCCCGCUAUAGUCCAACCUGGCGUGAUCCCAACCCCCGCAAGCUCUCCCCUCGUGCAAGUCAUCCUAAACAUCAACGCUCCUGCUGGAGCUGUACAGCCCCCAGUAUCUCCCGUCGUUGACCCUGUUGGGCCUGUUGUAAACCCCCCUACUCCCAUCUUCCCCAUUGGACCAGUGCCUGAGCCUGUUGUCUUGCCCCCUACUCCCAUCUUCCCUGUUGUGGUUGAACCUGUUAUCGUUCAACCUGUCUUCCCCGGACCCGUUGUCCCUGAACCUGUAAUCGUGCCCCCUACUCCCAUCUUCCCCGUUGUGGUUGAACCUGUUAUCAUUCCUCCUACCCCUGUCUUCCCCGUAAACCCAGCCAUCACCCUUCCCGAGACCCUCAACUAAAGACCUCAUUCAAGUAACAUUUUUUGUUAUGUCAUAAUAGACCACAAUGUGAAUAACUUUCUUCAAACAAUUUGAAACUGCUAAAUAAAUAUUCUUAACACAAAA